CGUCUGUCUAUAGUUUAUGGUUAGUUUGUGUGGCUACGGACAAUUUCGUUGUUAUUGUGCUAUAAAUUUAGCAUAAAACAGUUGUUUACACUAUUCUAGAUCUAAUCCUAAAACGAAAUAAUAAUAAACUACAAUCAUGGCGAAAAUGGCAUUUCAGCACCAAGCCGGCACGGCAAUGGAGUGCCUAAGUAUACCAAUAACCCUACAAAAAGAAGCUGGAGUGGAUGCAGAAGGAAGGGAGGUCAUGAAAUGUGGGUUUAAAAUAGGCGGUGGUAUUGACCAAGACUACCGCAAAAGCCCUCAGGGGUACACCGACAAUGGAAUUUAUGUAACUGAAGUUCACGAAGGGAGCCCUGCAGCUAAAUCCGGCCUAAGAAUGCAUGAUAAGAUCCUACAGUGCAACGGUUACGACUUCACAAUGGUGACACACAAGAAAGCCGUUAGCUACAUAAAAAAACACCCUGUGCUCAACCUGCUGGUGGCUCGGAAGGGAGUCACGUCCACAUAAUCUUACAAUGCUCACAUCCGUUCUGUACUUGAUAUUUUGUGUAGCCGGUGACAAGUAUUAUAAACUAAGUGAUUAUAUAUUGUUAUUUAUUGUUUAAUAAGUACAUAAGAUUUAGGUUUAAAUAUUUAUGAAGAUAUUUUUUUACUCCGUAAUUAAUUCAGUACUAGUUCAUUCCUUCAAGUUUGCAAGAGCAUUAAUGUGCAGUUGCAUUAGUUAAUAUCUCGUCAACAAGUGAGUUACCAGGGACAUCUCAAAUGCUGCCAUUUAUAACUUCUUUUAACUUUUUAACUCUAUAUAUGUAUUAUGAAUUAUUGUACAAUUGUCUAUUACUGUUAAAAGAGAGAAAACAUGUAUUUUAAAAUGUAUUACUUAGUUACAAAUUGUCUAUCUUGUUAUAAAUCAGUUGAUUUAUUUGUAUAAUUAGGUGUUUGAUAAAGACUUUUCAAUUCAUGACACUUUU